AUGGCAGCAGCAGUAGAUAUAAAGACCAUUUUAACUCCAACAGAAGAGAUUGCCAAUGGAUCAAACCUUUUUGCUCCAGAUGAUGCUGACACAGAAAUGUCAGCUCUCACAUCUAAGAUGGCAUUAGUGAGUCCAAACAGUGAGGAAUAUGAUGCCUUAUCAGAAAUUGUAAAAUCCCGUGUGGAAGAAGGCCAAGGAGAAAACAUUUAUGUAGUUGGUGUUGGGGAGGGUGGCAAACCUGGCUUGAAAGAUGAUGAUCUCCUAGCAUCUAUAGCCACCUUACAAAGUAUCAGCCAAUCAUUAGACCUUGAAUGUGUUCACUUGAGAGAAAGGAUAGCAGAAGAGGGAAAAGUUGCCGAAUUUCUACUCAGAAAAAAAGUAGCACAAGAAGAUUUUAUGGAAAUAAGAGUGGCAGUUGUUGGUAAUGUAGAUGCUGGCAAAAGUACUUUACUUGGGGUCCUCACCCAUGGGGAGCUGGAUAAUGGCCGUGGUAUAGCUAGGCAGAAAUUAUUUAGACAUAAACAUGAAAUGGUUUCUGGUCGAACAAGCAGUGUUGGUAAUGAUAUUCUUGGAUUUGAUGCCACUGGAAAUGUUGUCAACAAACCUGAACAUGGAAACUUGGACUGGAUAAAGAUUUGUGAACAAUCAUCAAAGGUAAUCACAUUCAUUGAUUUAGCUGGACAUGAAAAGUACUUGAAAACAACUGUGUUUGGUAUGACUGGCCAUGCACCAGACUUUGCAAUGCUCAUGGUCGGGGCUAAUGCUGGUGUCAUUGGCAUGACAAAAGAGCAUCUAGGUCUUGCAUUGGCCCUUAAUGUCCCUGUGUUUGUUGUGGUCACAAAGAUUGAUAUGUGUCCGCCCAAUGUGAUGCAGGAUACCAUGAAGCUUUUGCAGCGUCUGCUCAAGUCUCCUGGUUGCCGAAAGAUUCCUGUCCAAGUGCAAAACAGUGACGAUGUUGUGUGUACAGCUACCAAUUUCACGUCUGAAAGAAUGUGUCCUAUCUUCCAAGUGUCCAAUGUUACCGGUGAAAACCUUGACCUGCUCAAGAUGUUCCUCAACCUAUUGUCAACUCGACACAAGUAUGAUGUCUCAGAGCCAGCGGAAUUCCAGAUUGAUGACACUUUUUCUGUACCAGGUGUCGGUACUGUAGUAUCAGGAACUCUUCUACGAGGUUUGAUCAAACUGAAUGACACGAUCAUGUUAGGACCUGAUUCCCUUGGCCAGUUUCAGAGUAUAGUCAUCAAAAGUAUUCAUAGGAAACGCAUGCCAGUGAAGGAAGUACGAGGAGGACAAACCGCAUCAUUUGCUUUAAAAAAGAUCAAAAGAUCCUCAAUACGUAAAGGGAUGGUUAUGGUGUCUCCCAAAUUAGAACCAAAGGCAUGCUGGGAGUUUGAAGGAGAGAUCCUUGUCUUGCAUCAUCCAACUACUAUCAGUGUGAGGUACCAGGCUAUGGUCCAUGUUGGCAGUGUACGUCAGACUGCGUCCAUCAUUUCAAUGUCUCAGGACACAUUACGGACGGGUGACAAAGCCUUGGUCCGAUUCCGUUUUAUAAAGAAUCCUGAGUACCUUCGCACUGACAUGAGGAUGGUGUUUCGGGAAGGCCGCACAAAGGCAGUUGGCAAUGUGACCCGACUCUUUCCGCAGACGAGCGGCUCUGGUCAUUACUCUCGGCAUCAACGUGCUGGCAAGAAGUCACAACAACAACAACAACACCCACCGCAGCAGCAGCAGCAAGAGAAUCACAGUAGUUCAGGGGGAGGAGGAGGACAUGCCGGCCGAAGCCACAACGAGCCACAAAAACAAAGUAAGAAGAACCGUCGUCCAAGAAACCAGAAGCCAUAUUACAACCAAAAUGUAAUCGCAGAUUCCACUAGCCAAGCUUCUUCCUCAUCAUCUAUACUUGCAACUUCCUCCACCUCCUUGUCAUCCACUUCCGGAGGUAUUGGCCUGACGACGACGACGACGACAGCUUCUAUGGAAUCAUAUGAUCCUCUUUAUCCCUUUUUCUUUUUUUUUAAGGACUUUGAAUUUAAAUGCUCUUUUUUCUUUUCUUUUUUUCUUUUCUUUUUUCUUUUCUUUUUUCUUUUCUUUUUUCUUUUCUUUUUUCUUUUCUUUUUUUCUUUUCUUUUUUCUUUUCUUUUUUUCUUUUCUUUUUUUUUCUUUUCUUUUUUCUUUUUUCUUUUUUUUUUUUUUUUUUCUUUUCUUUUUUUCUUUCUUUUUUUUUUUCUUUUUUUUUUCUUUUUUCUUUUUUCUUUUCUUUAUUCUUUUUCUUUUUUUUCUUUUUUCUUUUCUUUUUUCUUUUUUUUCUUUUUUCUUUUCUUUUUUCUUUUUUCUUUUUUUCUUUUCUUUUUUCUUUUUUUCUUUUUUUUUUUUUUCUUUACUUUUUCUUUUUUCUUUUUCUUUUUCUUUUUUUUUUUUUUUUUUUUUUUUCUUUUUUUUUUUUUUUUUUUUUUUUUUUUUUUCUUUUUUCUUUUUUUUUUUUUUCUUUUUUUUUUUUUUCUUUUUUCUUUUCUUUUUCUUUUUUUUUUUUUUUUUUUUUCUUUUUUCUUUUUUUUUUUUUUUUUUUUUUUUUCUUUUUUUUUUUUUUUUUUUUUUUUUUUUUUUUUUUUUUUUUUUUUUUUUUUUUUCUUUUUUUCUUUUUUUUUUUUUUUUUUUUCUUUUUUCUUUUCUUUCUUUCUUUUCUUUUUUCUUUUCUUUCUUUCUUCUUUUCUUUUUCUUUUCUUUUCUUUUUCUUGGAAUGAUUUGUUCUUUCCACUCUUUCCAUCCCCUCAGAAAAAAAUCCCUUGCCUCAUUGUUUUUACCUAUCUCUUUGGAAAUGAUAGGGAAAUAUUUGCAUCUCUCUCUCCUCUUCUUUCUGUUGCAAAAUCUUUUUAUUUUUCUUUCUCUUUCUUCUGCCUCUUCCACUUUCCACCCCUUAUUUGCUUUUUAUCUCCCUAUCAUAUAGGUAUAUUUUUUGCUUUCUUCUCACUCCCUUACAUUUCUUCCUUUUCUUGGUUUCUUUUCUUUGAUUGA